CAACCAGAGGCAACAAAGCUUCGGGGUUUGGGGAUAUUUCUUGAGCCCUUUUUUAUCUAUUUACUACGCUUUUUCACUUGUUAAAGAAAUCCCAUUUGAGGAUUUAUAUUUAAAUCUGGGUUUCAUAGGAAAAACUAUUGAAAAAAUGAGUAAAUUAAUGUCCUCUGCAGUUAAUGUGUUCAUAGGUAACACACUCACGAAAACGACGGCCCCAGUUGCUGCUAAAGCCUCUGCCAAAUACAGCACUAAAUCUGAAGCAAAAUUUGAAAUUAAGCCUUAUAAACUCCACAAGUUGGAUAAAGGCCCUGCAUUAUCGGCGACAUUAACUGCUGAAGAUGCUAUUAAAUUAUAUGAAAUGUUGGCUGUUUUACGACGAAUUGAAACGGCUGCGGGGAAUCUGUACAAGGAAAAGAUUAUCCGUGGCUUCUGUCAUUUGUACUCAGGUCAAGAGGCGGUAGCGGUGGGCAUGCGAGCCGCGAUGCGCGACGUGGACUCGGUGAUCACCGCGUACCGCUGCCACGGCUGGACGCACCUCAUGGGCGUCAGCGUGCUGGGCGUGCUGGCCGAGCUCACGGGCCGCCGCUCGGGCUGCUCCAGGGGGAAAGGCGGCUCUAUGCACUUGUACGCUAAGAACUUCUAUGGCGGCAACGGCAUUGUUGGCGCUCAGGUGCCACUCGGCGCGGGCAUAGCCCUCGCGCACAAAUACAAAGGCGACGGCGGCGUGAACUUCGCGUUGUACGGCGACGGGGCCGCCAACCAGGGCCAGGUGUACGAAGCCUACAACAUGGCCAAGCUGUGGAGUUUGCCUUGCGUGUUCGUGUGCGAGAACAACGGAUACGGCAUGGGCACGAGUGCGGACCGCGCGGCCGCCAGCACGGAGUACUACACGCGCGGGGACUACAUCCCCGGCAUCUGGGUGGACGGCAUGGACGUCAUCGCCACCAGGGAGGCCACCAGGUUCGCCAUCGACUACUGCACCAGCGGCAAGGGUCCUCUGCUAAUGGAGAUGGAGACGUACAGGUACUCCGGGCACUCGAUGUCGGACCCGGGCACGUCGUACCGGACGCGGGACGAGGUGCAGGAGGUGCGCCAGACCCGGGACCCCAUCACGUCCUUCAAGGAGAAAAUCAUCAGCAACGAAUUGGCCACGCCUGAUCAGUUGAAGGAAAUCGACACAAGAGUACGCCAAGAAGUGGACGAGGCUACGAAGCAGGCUAAAUCUGACCCCGAAAUCGGCACAGAGGAGCUCUCGGGCGACAUCUACUACAACUGCCUCGAGAAGCAGAUCCGAGGCAUCCAUCCCAACGCGCCGCUCGAACACAUCAAUGUUGCCGCCAGAAAUUAUUAGCCUGUAUCCCAAAGGAAUAAGGACGAUUAUCUGUUACCGUACUUUAGUUAUUUAACGAGUUUUGGGUAUAAGAGAUUACGCGGAUAUAUAUAUUGUUUUUAAGAAUAUUACGUUAUUUAUUUAUUAAGUCUUUGUAAGCUCAAUUAUAAAACUAUAUUUGUGAAUAAUAACAGUAACCUUGGCGAAUCACCUUGGUUAGAUAGUGGACCCUGGGUCUAAAAUCUGCUGAGGAUGCAACCAGGGGACACUGAGAUGAUGAGAAACUAUAUAUUUAUUUGCUAAUUCAAUUUUACUUUAGAUAAAUAUUUACAUUAUUAUUAUCGAAAGCAAUAUUUUUUUGUAUCCGUGUCCGUGUCGAAAUUAGGAAUACCCAAUUCGAAUUAAAUUUUAUUUAAUUGUUAUAACGAAGGAAGCUUAGCAAAGUGUAUAGGAUUAAAGUGUCAUUAUAGUUGUAAAAUGUUAUGUACAAAAUGUUCAUAUGUUUCAUUAUACAAUUCUCUUUUUUAGAAUGGGUGAGUUUUUAAAGCCAUUUUUUGCAAGAAAUAAUACUAAUUCUAUUUCUAAAAGAUGAUUAAAUAAUAUGAAGUCUUCGGUGGAGUUAGAUCACUCUAUAUUAAAAUUAAAACCAUUUUAGAAACUCUCUUAACUCAGAGUUUUCAUCGCGAAGAAUGGGUUUAAUAAACUGAUAUUAGUCAAGGCUACAUUUACAAAAAAAAUUGUACUGAUUUUUUACAUAGGCUAUUUGUUAUUCCAAUGGCUUUAAAAAGUCAACCUCAAACCAGUAACCUGAGAAGUUGUCCUGUAUAUACGAUAUGUACAAUUUUUAUAAUUUUCUGAAUGAGAGAGACUGUAGGUAAUAUUGGUCUAAUGAAAAGUGAUGUUUGUAAAGCUAUAAAUUAUAUCGUAAGUAAUAACAUGAUACGCGCAAUAAAAUGCAUUACACAAUU